UCACAGGCCUUUGACCGACCAUGGCAUCAUGGCAACCUCCCCAGACGCCAACACUACUAAUGAGGUGGAUCAGCAGUAUGUCUACCUGGAAAUAGAGGGUGCCAACCUGACAAAGAAUGUGACAGGACUGGGCUUUGGCCACAUGCAUCCCUUUGUGCAGUUGGAAUUGACUCCAAUCGAUGACGAUGAUGUUACCUCCUCUGUGGCACUUUCCAAUUGCACUGGCACCCAUUGGGACGCCCACUGUCAUCCCAGCUGGUCUCAUUCUUGCCCUGCCAUUCCUCUCAGUGAUGCCUGGGCCAUGUCGUUCAAGUUUACAGUCUACAACGACAAUGAGCUACAUCGCUAUGCCAUGAUUGGAGUCCCCAAUGCCGUCGGAAACACAGGGGCGCUACCAGCAGGACUGUCGGGAAUUCUGACCAAAGUCACUGGAGCCAAAAAGAUUGGCCAAGUGGCUAUAUCCAUGGACAAUCUGAUCCAAGAAUCCGAAAAGGGAGGCCUGCUUCAAAUGGAACUUCAAAGUGAUCGGGGAGCCAUUGCAGGCACUUUGCAGGUCAAGGCUCACGUUAAAAAAAUGAAGAGAUCUUCGACCAGUAUCAUGGGCAGUGCACUUGAUUUAACUGCCCCAAGCACUGGAACGGCAGUCAACAACAACAGCAAUAAAGUGGACCAAUCUUGGUUUGUAUCGCCCGUGAUUCCAUUGACGACGUCGGGUGGUACGGCUGCUUUCUUCCAGCUCACACUGACCCAAGAAGGAAUGGAUGCAACCAAACAAAACACUCCUAGUUUCUAUGUUGGCAAGGAUUUGAGCCAUGCCCAGGACGAAAAGGAUUUUUAUCAACAACUCCUAGAAAUCAAACAAAGCAUGAAAGAUGAUGAUGAUGAGGAUAUUGAAGAUGUUGGCCAGCUGGUCCCUUUCAUGUUUGAUUAUCUGGGCAUUUUGGAAGCCGUUUCAGCAACAACAACUAGCACUGGUGAAGGAGGGAAGCAGCAACAACAUCAAGUCCUGGUCCUUCAAAAUUUACGCAAUAACUUCCAGAGCUUUAGAAUGCUCGACUUGAAGAUUGGCGAAGUCACUGCCCAAGCCGGGUGGAAAGGCAAAUCUCGUCUUCAUGCUCUCAAGUGCCACUUGCUGAAUGAUCACUUUACAAACUCCGUGUCAGAAGGUUAUCGCCUGGCUGGAUUUGAUGGCACCAAUGAGAUGUUUGACAGCAUGGAUCCGUUGAUGGAUUUUUUGGCAGGUGAUGCGGCAUCUGCAGAGGAAAAGAAGACCAUUUGGGGUGGCCACUUUGACGAAGCACAAGUCAAAAAAGCCAAACGCUUAAUGAUCAAUACACUUAGCGGAACAGACGUUUUGCGCUUUUUCCUCGAUGUGCACACGGACAAAGCAUUUGCCUCUGACGACAACAAUAAUAACAUGAACGAGUAUUUGCUGCCUGUGGAAAUGGUCGAGAUGGCCUUUCGGGAAAUGGUAUCUCGAUUGGUGCAAGUGGCCGCGGCAUGUCAUCACGUGCAAGUCCCGCAGAAAUGGAUCGGGAGUUCAGUAGCACUGGGAUAUGAUGCCGGACUCUUGCCCAAGCGUUCUCCGGAGGCCGAAGAAGCAAUUUGUUCCAAGGUUUUUGUUUAUUUGUUUGAUUGGGGUCGGUCAGAACUGCUGACAUGUUCCAAAUACCACAACUUGACGCCGUCCGAAAAAGCCGACCGACAAAAGUUCUGGACAUAUUACAAGGCAGGCAUUGAGCGUUUGGCAUUCCAUGCGGCACGAGUCUAUUAUCACCAAUUCACGAAUACUGGCAGAUGGACCAGACUAACCUUGCAAGUCUUUGACUUCGACAGCACCAAAAUCAACGACCAUUGUGGCAAUGUCACCAUAGCAUUGCCAGAUCCGUACAAGUCUGACGAAUCUGCUGCCCUUGAUGCUCUUCGAGAAAACCGAGAGUACAAACUCGAGGGUUGCAGCAAAGCCACUGCCCGUGGAAGCACCCUAUUUUGCUCCAUUACGUGGCUGGAGCUCCCCGCAGACUCACGCAUAUUGGGACUUUGGCGAGUUGCUAUUGACCGAGCCACCAAUGUGCCUGUCAUGGAUGUCACUGGUUCUUCCGAUCCAUUUUGCCUAGUGAUUGCCAGUGAAACUGACGGCGAUGGUGGACGUGAGCUUCACCAAAGAACGUGCGUCAAAGCACGCAACCUGAAUCCCCAGUGGAACGAAACCAUUGAUGUUCCCGUGAUGAGAGAUACGACCCCUGAAUCACCGUCGGAUAUCCACUCUGCAACCUCCCUCCUGUUGUCAGCAAUGGCACUGCAAGGGCCCCAUUCGCAAGGCCAAAUGGCAAGGUUCUUCCAGUGGACUGAUGAAGAGAGGAGUUAACUAGCGCAAACCGUUUACUAGCUAGUAGAUAGUGACAAUGAGUACUGUAGCAAAACUUAAGCUAGCUAGCUGAACUUCAGAGGAAGUGGAACUGUUCUCUGUGCAAGACACCUAAACGAAAGCAUCCAAUGUUACCUUACCGUCUUGAUUGAGACCACGCUCAAACGACACAGCAAUGUGUAACAAAUGUGCAAACAAACAAACAUCUAUUUAAGCGGUUAUGCAUGGAUUUCUUCA